CUAUCGAGCAUUUUCCUAGGCAACAAACCAGAACUUGGCGGAAAACACAGUACCACUAACCUCUGGUCCUUCCUGAGUUAUAGAGAGUGUGUUUAAAUAUGGCGGGGAGUUCAGAAGUAGCAGAAUGUUUGGAUUCUCAUUGCCUGGAGGUUGAUUAUGCUGAGCUUUUCAGUGAGAUGAGUGCCAAGUUAAGGAAUGAAGAUUUCUAUGAGAUGAAGAUCCUGUCCAAGGACAAGCUGGAAACAGAAGACAUUGAGAGUGUGAAGGACUGGAACAGUUUUUUCAAACUUCUGCAUGACAAGUUUAAGGGGAGACAGGAGGAGCUACUGAAGUUUUUGGAAAAUGUUGCUAAACACACAGAAAACUUUAUUGGACCAACUUGUGAGAGGCUGCAGGACAUCAUCAGUGAGUACCUGCAAAAAUUUAAAGCUAAAAAGGAGGAGAUGCGACUGCAUGGAAUAUCCAAAGAUGAAAACUUUGUCGGAAGAAGAGAAGAGUUAAAGAAGAUAUGCCAUUUUUUGAAGGAAGAAUCUUCUCAAAUUCAAGGGGUCUGUAUUUGUGGCUUAGCUGGGAUGGGCAAAACAAGCUUGGCUACAGAGGUGUGCUACAGACUCAGACAAAAGUCCGAAAUAUUUGUCAAGAAGACAUUAAGCUUGAGAGGCCAGAACACUGUGGCUGAUUUCUAUCACUCUGUUCUGAGUGGCUUGUCAGCUGAGAUUCAAGGUUACAUUCCACAGAAGCACACUGAGAAUUAUCUGAAAAUGGCUGUUGAAGAAAAACUGAAGGACUUGCAAAAGGAUGUAAUUCUGUUUCUGGACAACCUUGAUGAUGUAUCGCGGAAUGUAGAUUUUCACAAUGCCCUCCGAGAACUUCUGAAGAUGGAAACAAACAAGGUGUGUAUUGGCGGACCAUCAAGUCAUUUCUGUCACCUACUGAUCAGAUGUUUGCAACUUUUUUCUCCUAAGAAACUCAACAUUUACUAUGACCAUUAUUUUUUUCAAAAUUACAAAUAUAUUAUCAUGAGAUGAAAGAGUAAAUGUUGACUUGCCCCCAUAGGACGUGCUAAGCUGGCCCGGCGAGGCCAUGCAGAGUCUGAGCACAUGUCACCUUGCUUACACUGUAUGCAGGGCUAGCAGCCAGCUGACAAUAAAUCAUGUGCAAUGCAAGUGAACAGAAACCAAUGUAAAUUUAUAAACCAUGGAAUACUGUUAUUCAGCAUAUAACCGUAUCAGUGUGAAGCAAGAAUCUACGACUGUUUAAUGGAGGAGUUUGACAGUGGCAGUUUCAUCACUAUAGCGAUUGAGGUUCCCUGGACUCAGGCCACUUUGGGGGUGGAUGGAGAAUGUGGGGGUGUUCAUCACGCUCUGAGGAAGAGCAACGGUGACAUAAAAAAUCUGACCAUUGACGGAAAAUAUGCAUAAAGUAGAGCAGUAAUUUGCAGGUGAACAUUCAAAAAGCCAAAACAACAAAAAGAAAUUGGGGUAUAAUUUUCUUCAUUUGGCUUAGAAACAUAAUUUUUGUUUUAGAUAUCCUUCCAUGUAUCCUUUAAGGCUUAAGAUGUGUGAUAAAUAUGAGCCUGAUGUUUGCACUGAUGAUUGCGCUCAUGUUUGCCUACAUGAUUGCACUGAUGUUUGCACAGAUGUUUGUCCUCAUGUUUGCACUGAUGUUUGCCCUCAUGUUUGCACUGAUGUUUGCCCUGAUGAUUGC